CGGCCUCCGCCCGUCAUCGCUGCGCGCCGCGGCGCGGGGCGGGGCCGGGCCGGGCCGGGCCGGAGGCGGCCGCGGGGCCGAUGGGGGUCGCGGAGCAGGAGCCGGGCGAUGGCGGCGGGUGAGGCGGCGGCGGCCGGCGGCGGGGAUCCGGGAGCCGGCGUGCGGCAGCCCCUGCGGGCGCCCCCAUGAACGAGCGUCGCGGCCGCGGCUGCCGGGACUCCGCGGGGCGCCAUGAGAGCGGGCCACGAGCGCAGCCAGGAGCGCCUCCCGCCCAAGAAGCGGGAGCUGCCGGCCGCCAGCAGCGGCGCGGAGGCGGCGCGGGCGGGGGGCGCCCAGGCCUCGGGCGAGGGCCCCGAGUGGGCCCGGACGGCGGGGCCGGGCCCCGCGGCCCUGCGCUACGGCCCCGGGGAGGCCGCGGAGGCGGUGGCGGGGCUGACGGUGGACCAGUACGGGAUGCUCUACAAGGUGGCGGUGCCGCCCGCCACCUUCUCCCCCACGGCCCUGCACCCCGUGGUGAACGUGAGCCCCCUGACCCCGGCCUUCAACGUGACCUCGCCGAUAAUCCAGCACCCGGGGGUGCCCUACCCGCCCAUCCACUACGCGCAGAUCCCGCCGACGUCCCUGCAGCUCAUCGGCUCGCAUUACACGGUGCCCUACGCUGUCCCUCCCGGCUUCCUGCCUAGUCCUCUCCUGUCUCCUUCCACCAACCUCGCCGCCUCUCACGUCCCCCACUUUGUGCCAUAUGCCUCUCUCUUCACGGAAGAAGCCGCUCCUUCCCCCCCGACUACCUCUCCUACCCACACCUUCAACAAAUCUGCUUCUGCGGUCUCUCCCUCGGGCCAGAUGCAGCACCAUGCUGGGACCCAGCCACUAGAUACUACGCUAGGUAGAAUUCCUGUUUAUUAUCAGAUGUCCCGCCUCCCACCAGGGUACUCGGCAUAUGAGACGCCCACAGCAGGUGGAAGCCCAGAUUCUUCUCAGCAAGACAGUCAGCUGAGUUCAGAGGUAGCUGCUGCCAACGGUGGACAGAGACAUCUGGAGCACAACGUGGUGAGGAGGACCAGUGAGGCUGUGGACUCUGGCAGCAGUAAAGCCGAAGACUGUCUGCCAGGGGCUGCAGUGGGAUGUGUGGUUGAUGGACAGUUUCUUUCAGGUUACCAGACGUUGAGAACAGAGGUCUCUGUGCCAGCUCACAGAAACACCCCAGACACUGACCUGGAGGUCCAGAGGGUGGUAGGGGUGUUGGCAUCUCAGGAUUAUCAUGUUCUGGCAGCCCAGAGGAAAGAUGACCCAAGCCCUUUAAACCUUUGCCAUAGUAUCUCUGAUCAGCAGGGGGAGUCAAAGGACAUUUUGAGGAACACAGUGGAAAGGGCCGCUGCUGGGAAGAGCCAGUCCAGGAGUCCGUAUGUUGUAUCCCCUGAAGAGAUGGUUAGACAAAGACAAUUAACCAAAGGAAUGGUGAUAGCCAACGGCAAGCCAGUACUGGUUCCCGUUGGAUCUGAGCCCAUCAGGUCUUCUGCUUCAGAAACCCUGGUAAGGCAGAGUCCAGACGUGCAGGCUCGAGGGAGCGUGCUCGAAAAGGACCUGGCACAGCUGCAGCCACCCAGCUCCUCACACUUGCCCUCCCACUUCAUGAAAGGAGCCAUCAUCCAGCUGGCUACAGGAGAGCUGAAGCGGGUAGAGGACCUGCAGACUCAAGACUUUGUUCGCAGUGCAGAGGUGAGCGGGGGCCUGAAGAUCGAUUCCAGCACCGUGGUGGAUAUUCAGGAAAGCCAGUGGCCUGGGCUUGUCAUGUUGCAUUUUGUGGUUGGGGAGCAACAAAGUAAAGUGAGCAUCGAUGUGCCCCCAGAGCAUCCCUUCUUUGUCUAUGGCCAGGGCUGGUCCUCCUGUAGCCCGGGGCGGACUGCUCAGCUCUUUGCUUUGCCCUGUCACAGGCUGCAAGUGGGCGAUGUCUGCAUAUCAAUCAGUUUACAGAGCAUGAAUGGCAACUCUGCUUCUCAGGCUAACUACCCUCUCACAGAUCAGUUGAUAUCUACUAGGGAGAGAUCUGAAAGAACUGCUCAGGGGUCCAGAGAACCGUCUGACAGAGCUGCUGAAAGGAAGAGCCAGCCAGAAAGGGAAAGUGCAGCUCAGAGCUCUCACGCAGAACCCUCUCAGCCUGAGACUGUCACUCAGCACAGCUGGGCAGCCCCAGGCUUCCAAAGAUACAGCACGCAGGCAGAGGAGCCUCGGCCCUCUCUGCUCCGUCCCUCUUUCAUUCCCCAGGAGGUCAAGCUGUCUAUCGAAGGGCGUUCUAAUGCAGGGAAGUGAUCCCUUUGAGGCUGUGAGCUAGGGCAUGCCCUCCGGGUGAGCCUCACCUUCACUGGGUGGAGAAAUUGCACACGCUUUGUGGCAGGUUCACCAGCAAGGCUGCCCUGCAGAACUGGAUUAAUUCCAGUUCAGUGGCUGACCAGUUCCUCUUGGGGAAUCGAGAGGACUCCAGUGCCUCAGGGAGCAGCAACAGGCUAGCCGGGGUAGAGAAAAGGGACGUGCUCACGAGCUUGCGAUGAGAACAUCUGGAGGCUGGGGCUUUCUUGCACCUCCCUGAACAACUGACACCCUGCAGGGCAGGGUCUAAGUAAGCAUUCAGGAAAGGUGGAGAGAUGGGAAGGGCAGACGUGGCUUAAGGUAGAAAGUAAAAUUGCUGAAGAUAUUAUUCCUCCUUUUUCAUGAUGGGGAGAGAAGGGUCCCCACUGGAGUUUAGGGGGCUCUACUCCCAGUAUCCCCUUUCUUCACACAUGCACUUUAAAAGGACCGUUCACCGAUGGAGCUCUUGAGGGCAGGACGCAGAUGCUUCUCUGAUGGUUCUGUUUAAUGUCUCUUCCACUGAAUCCAACUGCUCUUUCUUCUUGCAAAGAAUGUACAGAGAUUUCCAUGAAUCACAGAAACUCAAGAGGAAGGACCAAAAGGAUGGGUUUGGGUACAGGUGAAUAGGGAACUUGAGCACUUGGGAUGGGGCAUGGGAUGGGAGAUGUCAGUUUCCUGCUUUGAAACAUUUCUGUUGUCACCUAAUUAUUGUAAUAUUAGUCACCAAAUCAAAUAUUCCUUCCCAUGUUAAUAACCUUAAAAACAAAAUCUCUUGGGCUUAAGGCUUUUAAGGCUUAGCCUGUGGGUGAAUGGGGUUAGGUUUUGUUUGGUUUGGUUUUUGUUUUUUUUUGAAAGCUGGAGUCAGAUAUAUUUAGCAUUCUCUCGUGAGGGAUGGAAACACAUCCUUCGACUGUGAGACCGAGACUAUUUUGUAAUUACAUCAGAAGAAAACUUUACGGAUGGCUAAUUAUUCCCUGCAGGCAGUUUUCUGAAUAAACUCUAAAGAAACAAGCGUUUGUGCAUGUGCAGGCAAAGUACACAGCUUCAGCUAAGUACAGUUCCAUGAGUAAUGUAGGGACUCCAGGGAUCGCAGCAUCGUAGGGCAUUUCUGGGUGUUUUUCUGUUGGUUGUUCUAAUGCAGAACUUUGGAGUUCCUCUGUAGAACAUCACAGUAAUAUCAAGAGUAGCCUUCUUCACAGUGAGAUCUAACACAAAUGUGUAUUGAUACCUCGUUAUGGUAAAUAACACUCCAUUCAAGUGAAGGCUCCUGCAGUUACACUAAUUUGCCCUCUCUGAUGGUGUGUUAUGACACUGGCUCUAACUGCCUAGUUAGAAUAAAAAUGUCACUGUUUUGUCGAGGGUAAGAGCCUUACUGACUUAACGUGGAUUUGAGUAUUCCCUGUAUUACGGUGCCCAUCGCUCUGCUAGGACCAGGCUUUUGAGGAUUUCUUCUCGGCGUGCCGAUCCCUGCUAGAGUCCUGAUGAUGCUCCUGAUGUCAGUGUACCAUUUUCUGUCUCCCUUGUCUCAUCUUCCUGAAGUUUUCUGCCAGGCAUGCUGGACUGCUAGGGCUCUGCUUCUUUCUUUCCCCAAAUGGCUUGUGUGUCAGCACUUCUCGAUGAUGUGGCUGCCCUCCUGGUCAGCUUCUGCGGUGCUGGUGUCUCAGGGUUGGUCUGAAUACUCUUCAGAAACGUGUCCUGUAACCAACUGCCUUCAGUUGGCUGCGUGGCAGGGGCUUUGUGCAUACGUGUUCUGCAAGCGAGAGAGUCUCCAGAAGGGUUCUUCCAUCCAGGCCAUUGAUUAUGAUUUCCUAGCAAAUCGCUAGCCAUUUCUGUUGCCUUUGACAUGCCUGCGCCGGGAGAACAAUUUAUUUUCAGGCCUUAGUUAAGAUACGCUUUGUUCAUGCCUUCAGUGUUUGUGCCUCAUGAGGGUUUCUCCAGGGUGAGGAUGCUGCCCGUGUCACACGUAGCUUCCCAGGAAUCACAAAAUGCUUGUGGUCUCAUCAACUGCAUGUGGAAAUGCACAAGGUCACAGUGACACUGUCGUGUGAAGAUUCUGCCUCCUUCGAUGCGGCAGCUGUGGGGUGCUGCCUUUUCGUGGCACCGGCACAUCCUUGCCUGGGCCCAGGUGCCCGGCCUCAUUCCCACGUGUGUUCCGCAGUCGCUGUUCAUCGGACUCUCCUGCACAAAGGCCUUGCCUGAUGCUGGUUAGUGCUUAAUGCUCAGGAUAGCCAGGGUCUGUGGCCAAGAGCAGAAGACAGAGGAGCCCAGCUUCUCUCGCCUGUUCUUUGUGUGGCGCAUGCAGAGGGACUGAGAGCUGUGGCAGGCAGCUGAGGAAGGGAUCUUGCAGAGGUUUGGCCAGUGAGUGCGGAAGGGACGUUGUGUGCUCAGAGUGUUUGUGCAGCUGGACGGUGCAGAGCCCCGGUGUGCCCAUUCAGACAUGGAAGUCUCUGUCUUAGAGGGUUUGGAGAGCCUGCCUCAUCUCCCGUGUGUCGCUGUACUCACUGCUUCUAGGUCUUGGCUGCGUGGGGCGGUGGUCUGAAAAGGCUGGCGUAUGAAGCAAGAUGCCGUGGGGCUAGACCAGCUCUGCCCGGGGCAGCUGGGGGUUGGCCGGGUGCUCGUCCUGGUGUUUCCUUGGCUGCUGGCUUGGCCACGCAUCUGCUGAGUGGUUCUGAGGUCCGUGGAAGAGGCCAGGGUGUGUUUGUCCUUGGGGCUUCUGUCCAGGCUCCCUGUGAGUCCUGCUGUUGAGCAGGGUUCAGCUGCCAGCUCUUCUGUUCUCUGGAAGCAACGGUUUGGGGCACAUCUCAUGGAGGAGGCAUUGAGAGUAAUUUGGGCAUCUGGCCGCUUGCCCCAGGGACUGUGGGUAGGAGGGGAGUACCGGAGGCCCUCUAGCCCAGCAAACAGCACUCAUAAUCACUGGAAUCUUUCUUUACUGGGUUGGACUGUGUUGCUCAGCUCCAGUGGUGGCUCUUGGGUUGAGUGUUCGGGCUCUCUCGAGACAGGGAGUGUGCGAGACAGGUUCUGCUGUGGGCAGGAAGGCUGUGAAAGAGCCCACAGAGGAGGCAUUUAUUUCUUAGGUUUACAGGGAUAGGGGGAGAUAAAGCCAGGAAGACGUUAUGGAACGAGCUGGUUAUCCAGGCCUUUCUGCUGGCAGAGAUGUGACAGGCUUCUCAGAAAUACACUGUUUUCCUGCUGCUAUUGUGAAGGGAGGGAGAGCUGCGGUCUGUCCUACCUGAAGGAGGAGGCGUCCUGGCCUUGGUCUUACCCAGCUCGCACGGAGGCUGUGGGAAGAGUCUGUAGGAUGCAAUAACGGGUGUCUGUAGCCAUCUGUCCCAUCUCAUGAAACAUUCCUUGGGUCAGCUGCCCAUCAGAGGCCAGGCCUGCUCCCAGGCCGUGUGUACACUGUUCCCCCAGGAACACAAGACUUGCUCCGGGUGACGAGCGCUCAUCACUACCAGACUAUGCAGAGGAAGCUCUGUCUGGAAAGGAGGAAAGCUGCAGGAGCGCCUCUGCCUCUCCUUUCCAGCAGGUGCGCAAGUAUAAUGCACUUUUCACAUUAAGUGUCCCCAUCCCUCCUGUCCCCACCCCACACUUGAAGUCACUUUCCCCAGUAGAGAACUAAUGAUCCUUGUUACUCAGAAAAAUAUUUUAAAUGAAACUACAGCAGCUUGAGUAGCCCAAAUGCUAGUUCCUGCCCACAGCAGUCCAUGUGCCUUUCCCUAGCGUCACUCACAACUGCUCUUUGCCUUUCAGGCUGUCCCGGGCCUGAAACUUUACAGAAGCUGCUCAGAUGGCUACGAAUGCACAUUCUGUACAGAGUUUGGCCCAGGGUAUGUUCCGUGUAGGGCUUAAAAUGCCGAUGGUCAAGACUCCUCCAUGGUCUUCACAUCUGUCCAUGGAGGACAGGACUUGUCCCGACGUCCCAGGCUGCUGCCACCCCACCCUGCAAACGCGCCGUGCACGUUCUGGUCGCUUUUCGCUUUCGUGGCACCUUAGAGCCAGGGGAGGGUCUGCGCAUGCUAAGCAGAGCAAGGCAUGUGGCACUGGGGGAACUGGCUGGGCUGCCCUGAGGCAAGGAGGUCUUUGUAGAUAAGUGCUGAUCCCUCAACUAUAAUCCCAGUUAUGUAAUGGCUGUAUUAACAUGUAACCGACCGCAUUGUAUCUAAAGCCUUAGAACUAGUCAGGUGCUCCCCUCCAACCUUGCUCCCACCCCAUUCCUCCUACCUGAUCUUUAACAAAGCAUUAAUAAUUCUAAGGAUAAUCUCUAUUUUGUUGUGCUUUUUUUGUAACUGUUUUAAAUAAAUCAAUUUGUACUGUAUAUUUGUACUUUUGGUGAGAUCCUUUUUCCUGUUUUACCAUUUUAAGUCUGUACUUGGCUACACACAGAUUGUAUUUUUAUUGUUAAUGCUCUUAUGAAUAUUGCAUUUAACUCGUUGACUCUGUAAACACAGUAUAUAUCUAUAUCUAUAUAUAUCUAUAUAUAAACCAAUAGCUUUUCCUUU